GAACACAGAUGCUCGCGGUCACUACAGACACGUAUUGUGAAAACUGUAGGAAACGAAUUGGAUGACCACUCCUAAAUAGCGACUGAACCGGACAACUGACCUGGAAUCAGCUGCGAUAAGCGAUAAAUAAUAAACAAAAAGUAUCGAAAAGUGGGAAACUGUCGUCAUAAUGAAACGGAUAGACAUUCGUAUUGUUUUAGAAGUGUUUUAAUGUUGUGUGUGUUCGUGUUUUGGCGCCCCCUGCUGGAGCGCGUCUGAACGCGAUGACGUCACCGGCGAGCUGCGCUCAGAGAGUGAACUCGUACUAAAAUCUUUCCCUGUAAGUUAUUAUUUUCAUCUAAGUUCAUGGAUAUUCACCCAGAGUGCUCUUUUGUGGAUCUGAAAACGAACCAGUGCUGUAUUUGUUCUUUACAUGUCCCUUCACAGAAUCAUUUUGCACUGAGAUUUCAGUUUUGAUUUUUCCAUCCUUUAAUAGCUUCACUGAUAUUAUCAGAUAUUGUAAGAAAGAGUCCCGUUUCUGUUUUGUAACAUUGGCUCUGCUCUUUUAAAUAAUGCUGUUAAAAUCUUGUGCUUGCUUGGAAAAGGCCAUAUUCACAAAUCUAAAGUUACAGCUUCUAAACCAAACUUGACUGUAUUUCGCUCUGAAUUCAAAGGUUUUGCUGAGACUCUGUUAAAACAUGCCAGGUUUUAAGAUGAUUGAAUCAUCUGUGAACAGAGAUGUAAGGAUUAGAUGAGGUUCUUCUAUCCCCACUUGAGUCAUUUAUUAUUAUUGAUCUAUUUAUUUUUGUUUAGUUAAUAAUUUAUUGUUAGUUACUUAUGUUUAUGUUUAACUUGUUAAUAAUCUAAAUCCCUUGCAGAAGGUUGUUUGUUGUACUCUCUGUUAAAUGUAAUUGUCAGAUGUGUUGUUUAAUGAGGUACACAGGGAGGAACAGAAGGGAAGCACACUCAAGAACACUGCUCAGGUAACACAGGGGAACGUGUUAUGAAUAUGAAACAGAAAGACCACAUUUGAUCCAAACAUUAGGAGAGAUGAAAAUACGAUUUGAUUUAAUAGAUCAAAAAGAGUCAAAAGAUAUGUGUUAUAGUUUAUUAUUUAGAGAAACUAAUUUAAGUGGGAGGAUGUAAAAGUGAGUGUGUGUUUUAAAGAAUAAACCUAUUCCCCCUCCGUACCAGGUGAUGGCGGUAAUGCAGCAACAGGCCUGUAAACUGUAGAAGAAGAGCAGCCUCAGGUAACACACCUCACACUCAUGGAGGAAACUCUGAUCAGAUACACACACUGUGGAAGAAGCGUGUACGGUUUCUCAUGCUCCGAGCGGCAGUGUCCGGUCUGUCAUCAGAGCCUCUCGUUUGGGCUCCUGGACGCACCUGUUGCACUGCCCUGUCCCUUCAGAAGUGGACACACUGUCCCAUGUGCUUUUCUGAUAGCAUCUGCUCACGGACCAGCACAUCUCGGAGAAUGGCAUGACUCAGAGAUUCACGUGGGGCUGUCAGACUCCGAAGGUCUGGUGUAUAACUACACGCUGUCAGGGGUCCGGAGAGACGAGCGCGGCUGGGAGCGCUGUGUGUGUGUGCAGCUCUGGACGCAGGAGCGCAGGGAAUCAUGGGACAGAGAGCUGGAGCAGUUCUCUUCUCUGCCGCAGUGGGCUUCAGAGCGGUUCGCAGAGGAGAGGGAGUUUGGGUCGUGCUGUUACGGUUUCGCUCUGACCUUCAUUAACCACAUGCGCUCGCUGGACGGGAAACAGUCCCUGAGCCGGGACCAGUUCACAGGAUCUCACGUCCUACCCAGAAUGAAGACGGUGUCGCUGUACGUCAGCAUCUAUCAUGCAAUAUUACAGCAUGGAUUUUACAUCGCUGAUACUCCGCAUGACGUGUGAUUUCUUCAUAAAGCACUGUAGGGGCAGUCCGGGUCAAAUUUCAGAAACUUUUCGAAAAGCCGGCAGCAUCUUAAUGUGACUUUCACCCAAUAAUCAGAAUUUCCUUCAGGAUUUCCAGUGUGUUUGGAUGCAUCUCCACAGCUUCUGAGAAUGAGGAUGCAGAGUAGCUGCGAGAGCCGUAACACAGCUGUUCGUCUUCAUUUCAAAUAGCCUACCGUCUGCUGAUUCUAUGCCUUCAGCUGCAUUCAUUGAGAGUGCAUGGAUAUGUAAGGCUGCACAAGUAGUGUUGUGAAGGCUGUGUUUUAUCAAACUGAAAUCUCUUUUUAGAGACUAUUAUUCAUGCCUUUGUAUCAUCACACAUCGAUUACUGUCAAAUUUAAAAUUAAACUCGAGGUUUUGUUGAUGGUUUUUAAAGUGUUGCAUGGCGUUGCCCCAAAAUACACUGUUGACCUGUUGAGUCCUCAUCAAAAUACAAGACACGUGAGAUCUUUGAGUCGAUGAUUCGUCAUGUUCCUAAAAUGAAAUUAAAGGGCUUUCUCAGUGGAUGCUCCUCGAUUAUGAAACCUGACGCAUAUUAAAUCUUCCCAUCUGUGGAUUCUUUUAAGUCUGGAUUGAAAUCGUACCUUUUUAGAAGAGCUUUUAGAAUUGAUUAGAGUGAUCAGGUUUGAAAUUGCAAUGUUUUAUGUUGUUUGUGUGACUGUAACGAUGCUGGAAAGCACUUUGGUCAACGGCAGUUGUAUUAAAUGUGCUCUAGAAAUCAAAUUUGUAUUGUAAUAAGUUGAAAGUGUAAACUAUGCAAAUGUUUUUCUGACUCGAUACCAGUGUGUCACUGCAACUCAAAACCAAGUCUCUGUUUAAAACCUGUAUUUACAUGUUUGCUGCUGUCUGGAGUGACUGAUGCACACGCGUGUCACGUGUCAACACCUCACGCUCGCAGCAGAAUACAGGCUUGCCCGUCAUUCAUGAGCUUGAUUUAAGAGCGGAGGUGUAAAUUGUUUCAGAUAUUGAGUUUGCUUCACAGACCGAUCGUUUCUCUUCAUAAGGCCUCGGUAUAUCACCAGGAGCCUGUGAGGUUAGUGUACCGGCGGCUGAGAGCCAGAUUACAGGAGAAAAGACUUCAGAAAGACGACAGCAUCCUAACGUGACUUUCACACAGAGAUCGUCGCUCUGUUAGUAAAAUCUGUCCACUUUAGCAAUCUUUGCGGCGUUAUGUGCCUAUGCUGACCAUUCAAAAACCUGAAAAAGCACUUUUCAAGUUUGUUUUUCUGCAUUUGCAUGCCUGAAGUAUUUAAGAAAUCUUAAUGCUCCUUCAGAUUUUGGGUUUUAACAAACUUUCCCUUUUGCAGUCUUCAUUUUUAAGGCCUUUUAUGGUUCAGUUCCAGGGAUGUUGGAAUCUCAAUGUGGCUCCAAGACUAAAUGUUUAAUUGUACACAUUUUGUGUGGUCAAAACCAAAUGUGUGUCACUAUUCAUUAAGCUGAUACUUAUAUUAA